AUGCGAGAAUCUGUCGGCGCCGCUGUCGCGGCGCCAGCUGACCUGGACGGCAUCGGCGGCUGCUUUCCCCUUGCACAGCGGCAGCUGCGCGGCACAGGCGGCUGCUUCGGGGGCAGCUGCAGGAUGGCGGCAGAGUUUGACCAGGACGACAGCAGCGAGGGCAGCGAGUGUGCCUCAAGCGCCCACGACGGCAGCGGCGGCGCCGGCGCUGCGGCAUGCGGCGACCCCGAGGAGCCCAGCAGCGGCGCGCGCGGCGUCGACCGCACCGCGCACGCCGCCACGACACGGGACGGCUGGCGCCUGCACCUGCAUCGCGUGCGGUGUCCUGCGGCCGCGGCGCGGCGGGCGCGGCGGCUGCCUGUCGUGCUGUGCCCCGGACUGGGGUCUGGGGGCAUUGAGUCGUUCGACCUUGAUGCAAGCGUAUCCCUGGCGCAGCACCUAGCCGAGCGCGGCUUUGACGUCUGGGUGCCCGACCUGCGCGGCAACGGCCGCAGUGACCGGCCCAAGUGGUGGGACCGCAAGACGUGGUGGACGGUCGACGACCACCUUCUCCUCGACUUCCCGGCGGUUGUGGACGCCGUGCUCGCGCUGAGCGGCGCCCCCCAGCUGCACUGGCUCGGCCACUCGAUGGGCGGCAUGCUCGCCGUCGGCGCCCUCUGUCGCGGCCUGCCCGCGGCCGCCGCGCUGCGCACCGUCACUACCCUCGGCAGCGGCUGCUUCGGCGCCGGCAGCUGGCACGCGCUGGCGGGGGCGUGGGUCGCGCGGCUCACGGCGAUAGGGUUCCACGGCGGCGCGGUGGUACCGCUGGUCACAUCGCUGCGGGGCCCGCUCGCCCCCCUGGCCUGGGCCGUGCAGAGCCUCUUCUACGUCCACGCCAACGUGCGGCCGGAGACUGGACGGAAGCUGCUGGGCAGCGUCCUCAGCUUCAUCCCGGCCGGGCUGGUGAAGCAGUUUGUGGGGUCCCUCAACGGGCCCCUGGGGAUGACAUGA